GCACACGAAGCCUCACAUCACCAACAGCAGGCAGCACAGAACAGUUUGUUGCCUCUCCUGAGCUCUGCUGUUGAGCCACCCGAUCAGAAGCCGAUUCUGCCCUUACCAAUAACGCAGAAACCUCAGCCUGCACCAGAAACGUUAAAGGAUGCUAUUGUUGGGAUUAAAAAGGAAAAACCUAAAACCUCCUUUGUGUGCACUUACUGCAGCAAAGCUUUCAGGGACAGCUACCAUUUGAGGCGUCACGAGUCCUGCCACACAGGGAUAAAGUUAGUGUCACGGCCAAAGAAAACUCCCACCACAAUGGUGCCCCUUAUCUCAACCAUCGCUGGUGACAACAGCCGAAGUUCACUGGUUUCGACUAUUGCGGGCAUCCUGUCCACAGUCACUACGUCUUCCUCUGCCACCAAUCCCAGCAGUAGUGCCGGCGCAACGGCGAUGGCAGUGACUCAGACGGUGAAGAAGCCCAGCAAGCCCGUUAAGAAGAACCACGCUUGCGAGAUGUGCGGCAAGGCCUUCAGGGAUGUCUACCACCUCAACCGGCACAAGCUGUCCCAUUCAGAUGAAAAACCCUUUGAAUGUCCAAUUUGCAAUCAGCGCUUCAAGAGAAAGGAUCGCAUGACCUACCACGUGAGGUCUCACGAAGGUGGCAUCACGAAACCGUACACCUGUGGUGUUUGUGGAAAAGGCUUCUCGAGGCCCGAUCAUUUAAGCUGUCACGUUAAACAUGUUCACUCAACAGAGAGACCCUUCAAAUGCCAAACGUGCACUGCUGCCUUUGCCACCAAAGACAGACUGCGGACACACAUGGUGCGCCAUGAAGGAAAGGUAUCGUGUAAUAUCUGUGGUAAACUUCUGAGUGCAGCAUAUAUCACCAGCCACUUAAAGACACACGGGCAGAGCCAAAGUAUCAACUGUAAUACCUGUAAACAAGGCAUCAAUAAAACAUGCAUGAGUGAAGAGACCAGCAAUCAGAAACAGCAACAGCAGCAGCAACAGCAGCAGCAGCAACAUGUCACAAGUUGGCCUGGAAAGCAGGUAGAGACCCUGAGAUUGUGGGAAGAGGCCGUCAAAGCAAGGAAGAAAGAAUGUCAGUUCACCUUUGAGAAGGCUAUAGAGUACGUACCAUUCGAAGCUGCUAACUUGUGCCAAACCUCCACUGCUGCUACUACGCCUGUGACUCUUACUACUCCAUUCAAUAUAACGUCCUCUGUGGCUUCUGGGACUAUCACAAACCCAGUCACAGUGGCAGCUGCAAUGAGCAUGAGAAGUCCAGUAAAUGUAUCAAGUGCAGUUAAUAUAUCCAGUCCGAUGAACCUAGGGCAUCCUGUAACUAUAACAAGUCCAUUAUCCAUGACAUCUCCAUUAACGCUCACCACACCAGUCAAUUUACCCACCCCAGUAACCGCUCCAGUGAAUAUAGCGCAUCCAGUCACUAUAACCUCUCCCAUGAACCUCCCCACACCGAUGACGUUAGCUGGUCCGUUAAACAUAGCCAUGAGACCGGUAGAGAGCAUGCCUUUCCUGCCCCAGGCCUUGCCCACGUCUCCUCCCUGGUGAAGAACUUCUAAACAGUAUUAAAAAGGAUUAAAAUGGAAUCCUUACCAGCAGUUCUUUUUUGGGGUUUGUUUGGUUGGCGUUUUUUUUCCGUUGGGUUUUUUUUUUGUUUGUUUCGUUUUGUUUUAGUUAAUAAUAAAUUCAGACUAAGACACUGGGGCAACGUGCACCAUCAGAGACCGUAGUAGCAUCUUCCCCUCUUGAUUUGGCUCAUGUGGUUCAAACUUGAGUUUCACUGGAGCACUUCAUUUAAAGUAAGUUUUACCUUGUAGCUGACUGAUGCUGAAUUAGAGCAGAUACUUAUUUGCCAGAGUUU